UUGUUUUUUUAUUGUGUCCACGGCUGUCACUCUUUCGCUCAAGAUUCAAAACAUUGAACCCUUUCAGCUCAUUUUGUGUUUGACUAGUUGCCCCAAGAAAGGUUUUUGAAGUUUCUAUUUUUAGCACUGCCCUUAACUAAAUUGUCUCAAAAAGAGGUUGUUUCUUCUUCUUGUUCUUUGUGCUCCUAUUGAGUUGAACACCCAAAAAAAGAUCGAUGACCCUUUUCUUAUUGGAAGAAAAUACAGUAACCCUUUUCAUUUGAGCUCAAGAUUUGCUCAUUUCAAGUUCAAAUCUGGCGUUUUCUUGAGGUCAGAAUUGACUUUUCAUUUAUGGGUAUUGGCCUUUUGACUUCAUUCAAGAUUUGGUUGAUGGUAUUGUGCCCUUUUGUUGCAAUGUUUUGAAUCUUAAUAGACAUGGCGUUUCAUUGUUUGAGUACAGAUCAAUACUUGGAAAAGUUUUGAAUGUUGAGCAAUUGACAGUGUAUUGUGAUUUGACUCUAUAAGAGUCAAACAGCUGGUUGAGCUUGUGCUGAAUUUGUCAUCAUUGAGGAUAUUUUCAGUGUACUUGAUGUACUAAGAUGGAGUUAUUAUCUAUUCUGGUCUUAUAAGCUAUUCCUCAUUUUAAGCUAUUAUAGUUUCAGAAAUUUUCAUUAUAUUGAUAGAGUUGGAUAAGGCCUAAGGUAUUAGUUUCGUGUGUCAAAUUCAGUGGACAUCAUAUUGGUUACUUCUGGCAAGAGUCUCUUUGAAACAAUUUAAGGUUGUCUGAUUACUAUUAUGGCUUCAAUUAGAAGAACAUUGUCCCCAGUGCCUCGUCCUGGUAGUACUAUGAAUGGAGAGGCAUGUCUUGUUGCCUCUCCUUUGUCCAAGUCAUCAUCAUGUACUCAUAGCUAUACACCAACUGGUACAUUGCUGUCUUCUCUUGGUUCAUUGGAUUAUGCGUUGUGCAAGGUUCAAACAUUUGUACUUGGUCUUUUGUCACGAAGAUCUUCUAGGCCAUUGGAGAGGUCAAAGUUGAAGGGGCUCAUUUGGAGGAGAGCUCUUUUACAAUUCUUUAUCUGCUUUGUUCUUGGAGUAUUUAUUGGUCUUACUCCAUUUGUUUCACUAAAUUUGUCUACAAAUUUUAUAUCUAAACAUCAAGCUUUCUCCUUUGAGGUCGAAGAAAAUGCUCGCUCAUAUGACGUAUCUAGAAAUGUGACUUCAACCACUGAGAACUUGCCUAUCGUGGAUAAUUCGACAUCAGAGCCUAACUUAGUACAUGUUGAACUGAAAAAAGAAAUUGCCAACAAUGCCUCCUUUAACCAAUCACUUGAACAAGAGUUUAUGUUGUCCCGUAAACUUUUGAUAAUUGUGACGCCUACAGAAACUCGGCCAUUUCAAGCAUACUAUCUGAAUCGUCUAGCCUAUGGAUUAAAGUUGGUGCCUUCUCCUUUGUUGUGGAUAGUUGUUGAGAUGAACUCUCAGUCUGUUGAAACUGCUGAUAUAUUGAGAAGAACUGGAGUUAUGUACAGGCAUCUUGUGUGCUGCAAGAACUUAACUGAUGUGAAAGAAAAAAAUGUGCACCUAAGGAAUGUUGCACUCUCUCACAUUGAAACACACCAUCUCGAUGGUAUUGUCUAUUUUGCUGAUGAGUACAACAUAUACUCUGCUGAUUUAUUCGAGCAGAUGAGACAGAUCAGCCGGUUCGGGACAUGGAUUGUGGCAAGACUAGCUGAAAAUAAUAGGAACGUUAUCUUGCAGGGUCCAAUCUGUAACGCCUCUCUGGUUAUAGGUUGGCACACUGAAGGUAGAGCAAAAAGAUUUCAGAGAUUCUCUGCAGAAAUAUCGGGAUUUGCGUUCAAUAGUACGAUACUUUGGGAUCCUAAGAGGUGGCACCGACCAACACUAGAACCUAUAAGGCAGUCUGAUACAGCCAGAGCUGGUUCCCAAGUGAGCACAUUUAUUGAACAAGUGGUAGAAGAUGAAAGCCAAAUGGAAUGCUUACCAAUGCACUGUUCAAGAAUCAUGGUUUGGCAAUUCAACACAGAAAUAUUGUACCCAUAUCCUCAUGAGUGGCUGGUGAAGAAUUACUCAAGCACCAUUACUUCAGUUGGAUAACAAUUUUGACAUACAGAAAGAUUCUUGAGCAUUAACAAGGUUAUUGAUAAAGGAUAUGUAUUUGGUGAUCUCUACAUUCUUGAUGAAUGGGAGCCACGGUCUGCUGCAUGAUCCGGUGUUGUCUCUCCUUUUGAAGCACAUUGUCGGCUAGGACAUCCCUCUUUACCUUUGUUAAAGAAGCUUUUUCCUCAAUUUCAGAAUAUUUCGUCAUUGAAUUGUGAGUCAUGUCGAAUUGCAAAACACCACCAAUCUCGUUAGGUCCAAGGGUUAAUAAGCGAGCUGAGCCAGCUUUUGAGUUAGUCCCAUCUGAUGUUUGGGGACCAUGUCCGUUUUUUUUUGUAAAACCGGGCAUAAGUAUUUUGUUAUCUUUGUAGAUGAUUUUUCUCAAUUGACUUGGAUUUACUAUAUGAAGAGCCGCUCUGAAGUGUUUACUCA